GCGGAUCCUGAGCCGGAACCGCGCUUUGUUCUGGUCUUAGCCGCCUCUAUCCUUUAGCGUCUGCCAUCCUUUGCCUCCCUACUCCCCGCUUCCAUCUAUUCCGUGCAUCUGGGCCUGCAUCCCCUUCCCCAACCGCUGCGCCCCCAAGGCUGCCCUCACUCCUGGCCGGUUCGCUGCCUGAGACCCUUCUCUGAUUUCUUUCCUCUGCAUCUUCUUCCCCUUAGCCCUUUUUUCGGGCCUGUUUUCCCAAGGUCCGGGUCGCUCCCCCCGGCCCCAUCCCUCCAGUCCGGGAAUGUCCCCGGUAGCUCUGUGCCCAUGGUCCUGACGCUGCUCCUCUCUGCCUACAAGCUGUGCCGCUUCUUCACCAUGUCCGGCCCACGACCAGGGGCCGAACGGUUGACUGUGCCGGGGUCGGGUGGGGGCGGUGGCACAGGCCCAUGGUGGGCUACUGGCUGCCGCGGGCCCCGCGAGGUGUCGCCUGGGGUGGGCACCGAGGUGCAGGGCGCCCUGGAGCGUGUGCUGCCUGAGCUGCAGCAGGCGCUGUCUGGGCUGAAGCAGGCGGGCGCCGCGAGGGCUGUGGGCGCGGGCCUAUCUGAGGUCUUCCAGCUGGUGGAGGAAGCCUGGCUGCUGCCGGCCGUGGGCCGCGAGGUUGCCCAGGGUCUAUGCGACGCCAUCCGCCUGGACGGGGGCCUCGACCUGCUGUUGAGGCUGCUGCAGGCACCGGAGCUGGAGACCCGCGUGCAGGCCGCACGCCUGCUGGAGCAGAUCCUGGUGGCUGAGAACCGAGACCGGGUGGCUCGCAUUGGACUGGGCGUGAUCCUGAACCUGGCGAAGGAGCGCGAACCCGUGGAGCUGGCGCGAAGUGUGGCAGGCAUCUUGGAGCACAUGUUCAAGCACUCCGAGGAGACUUGCCAGAGGCUGGUGGGGUCUGGAGGGCUGGACGCGGUGCUGUUCUGGUGCCGCCGCACAGACCCGGCACUCCUGCGCCACUGCGCGCUGGCGCUGGCUAACUGCGCGCUGCAUGGCGGCCAGGCAGCGCAACGACGCAUGGUGGAAAAGCGCGCGGCUGAGUGGCUCUUUCCGCUCGCUUUCUCCAAGGAGGACGAGCUACUCCGUCUGCACGCUUGCCUCGCUGUCGCUGUGUUGGCAACCAACAAGGAGGUGGAGCGCGAGGUAGAGCGUUCCGGCACGUUGGCGCUCGUGGAGCCUCUCGUGGCUUCGCUAGACCCUGGCCGCUUCGCGCGCUGCCUGGUGGACUCCAGCGACACAAGGCAGGGCCGCGGACCAGACGACCUGCAGCGCCUCGUGCCUCUGCUUGACUCGUCGCGCUUGGAAGCACAGUGCAUCGGGGCUUUCUACCUCUGCGCUGAGGCCGCCAUCAAGAGCCUGCAGGGCAAGACAAAGGUGUUCAGCGACAUUGGCGCAAUCCAGAGCUUGAAACGCCUGGUUUCCUACUCCACUAACGGCACCACGUCCGCGCUGGCGAAGCGCGCACUGCGCCUGCUGGGUGAGGAGGUGCCACGGCGCAUUCUGCCCUGCGUGGCCAGCUGGAAAGAGGCCGAGGUCCAGACGUGGCUGCAGCAGAUCGGCUUCUCCCAGUACUGCGAGAGCUUCCGGGAGCAGCAGGUAGACGGCGACCUUCUCCUGCGGCUCACAGAGGAGGAACUCCAGGCAGACCUGGGAAUGAAAUCGAGCAUCACCCGCAAGAGGUUCUUCAGGGAGCUCACGGAGCUCAAGACGUUUGCCAAUUACGCUACGUGCGACCGCAGCAACCUGGCAGACUGGCUGGGCAGCCUGGACCCGCGCUUCCGUCAGUACACCUACGGCCUGGUCAGCUGCGGCCUGGACCGCUCCCUGCUGCAUCGCGUGUCGGAACAGCAGCUGCUGGAAGACUGUGGCAUCCGCGUGGGUGUGCACCGCGCGCGCAUCCUCUCAGCCGCCAGAGAAAUGCUGCACUCCCCACUGCCCUGUACUGGCUGCAAGCCCGGCGGGGACAUUCCUGAUGUCUUCAUCAGCUACCGAAGAAACUCAGGCUCCCAGCUGGCCAGUCUCCUGAAGGUGCACCUACAGCUGCAUGGCUUCAGUGUCUUUAUCGAUGUGGAGAAGCUGGAAGCAGGCAAGUUUGAAGACAAGCUCAUCCAGAGCGUCAUGGGUGCCCGCAACUUUGUGCUGGUGUUGUCACCUGGGGCACUCGACAAGUGCAUGCUGGACCAUGACUGCAAGGACUGGGUGCACAAGGAGAUUGUGACUGCUCUAAGCUGUGGCAAGAACAUUGUGCCCAUCAUUGAUGGCUUUGAGUGGCCUGAACCCCAGGCUCUACCAGAGGACAUGCAGGCUGUGCUUACCUUCAAUGGCAUCAAGUGGUCCCAUGAGUACCAGGAGGCCACCAUUGAGAAGAUCAUCCGCUUCCUGCAGGGUCGCUCCUCCAGGGACUCGUCUGCAGGCUCCGACACCAGUUUGGAGGGUGCUGCACCCAUGGGCCCACCUUAGCCAGUUCUCAGUUCCCAACCCCUGCUGUGGCUCCCAUUUCCAUGGUCCUCCCUGCCGGAACAGCUCUUUAAACUGAGUCAGCCUGGGCUCUUCUCAGGAAAUGGCUCUCCCUGUCCCCCAGCCUCAUGGCCCACUUCAAACCCAACUUCCUCAGUAUCUGGAAAGGGUAAGAAGCUGGGCCUAGAAGUGUGGCGUCCUCUCCCCUCAGGCCCUCCCAUCAGGUUUUCUGUCUCCCACCUCCAGAGCUGUGUCCCCGCAAGUUCUGGAAACACAGGAGACUGGCAGGAGGGUAGCUGCACAUUCUCCCACAUGCUGCCCUGAGAGCAGCCGGCUUGAAUAGGCAGCCUCUGAGGAAUCAGGGCAACGUGCAACCCCUCUGCCUGGGCCCCAUAGUCUGAGCAAGGGCUGAGGCCUGGGAGGCAGCCAGGGACAGGUCCACCCAGACUGUACUGUCUACCUAGACUGUGCCUGGGCCCCAAUGACACUUCCUACUGCCUUGUGGCCUUGCCCUAUAACCACUGAGUGCCCCUCCCAGCCUUCCCCUUAGCUGGGGUCAAGGUUGUGGGUGAGCCAGCCCACAGGCUGGUAAACAGCUAGGCUGCUUUGCCACAUUUGUGCAUGGGAGCCUCCUGCCAGGGCCCAGGUCUGGGCAGGGAGGCCAUGUCUCAAAGCCCACCUACCCCAGGCCUUGGUGCUCUGCCUAAGAUUCCUGCCUGGCAUGGUGCUCUGCCUAAGAUUCCCCAGUGGCUUCCCCAGCUCCUCACCCACCCAUAGCUUCCCACCUACUUGCUCAGGGAAGAGGGGGACCAGGCAGCCCCCCAACAGCAUCAGUAGCCUGGACAACACCUGCAGCUCUGUGGGAAGAGGCAAGAUCCUGAAGGGCAAGGGUGAUGACCUAGGGUGGUUUCUCCAAAUGUAAAGUGCAUUCAGCCCCCAGGAAUCUUGUUAAAAUUCAAUUCAGGAGAUCUGGGGUAGGUCCUGAGCAUCUGAAUUUCUCAUAAAUCCCUGGGCAAGCUGAUGCAGGUGGUCAAGGGACCACACUGAGCAGCAAGUCCUUCACAGAUCUUUGUCAUUUCCCAAACACUCCACUCAUAGUCUCUGUAAUCGUCACAGCAACCCCGUCCAGUACUGUCCCUCUUUUACAGCCUCUUUUACAGGUAAGGAAGAAAGACUGAGUAAUGGGUCCCAUUUUUCAAAUCAUUAUUGGCAGCCCCAGGAUCCAGAACCAGGCAUCCCAGCACUCAGGCCACUGCAGACAGACUUGGCUGAUGAUUCCUGAGAAUCAUUCUGGAGGAUGCACCCCCUGCAGGGCUGUGGCUUCUCCCAUGCCCGAGAAUCUAUCCCCAGCAAGGGAUAGGUUUUAGCCAAAAGGCUGACCCGGAGGUCAUACAGAAAUAGCUAGACAGGAAUGUCCCUCUGGCCUCCAUCCACUGGAGUAGGAGGGCAAGAAAGUGCCCUCCCUCCAAUAACCCAGGCUCCAGCUAGUGUGGUCGGCUCUUCCCUGCCCUGCAUUUCCCUCUGGAGGCAGUGGGUUCAAGUCUCAGGGCUGGCUCAGCUCCUAGACUCCUGCCCUGUAGAACUAACCAGUUUUCUCUUUGCUUUUGGACCACAUCAUCAGAAGGCCAAGGGCUCAUUGCAGGCUUGGGACCCCUUCCUUCCACUUCCCACCCUCACCUCAUCUUAAGUGGAUUGUGUCCAUUCCUGGCUUUGACCACACACCAUUCCCCCCAUCACUCAGCACGAGUGCACACCAGUUCAAGCAGGGAUUCUGUCCUGGAUGUGAAGGAUGCAGCAAACUGGAUGUUGCCCUCACAGAGAAGUCAAUAAUACAGCAUGCAAGUAUCCCCAGGGGUA